AUGGGACAAAACAUAUCUACAGCAGGGGCGCCAACUCAUGAAGUGGUUAUUCCGGGUCAGGGAAGGUUAAAGGGCUUCACACUCUCAUCUCCAAAAAGCGGAAAUCUUACAACUCAUCGCUUCUGUCGUGUUCCUUAUGCUCUUCCUUGUUUAGGUGACUAUCGCUUUAAAAAGCCGAGACCUAUCCCCGAAACUUACGAUUAUAGUGGAGAAUACAGAGAUUUUGGUUUGAAGUGCCCGCAGCCGGCAGUUGCUAACCCUACUUUUGGGUAUACCAAGUCUUUAAGUGAUGAAGAUAUAACCCAUUUGAACAUCUGGGUUCCCUCAUCUGAUGUACAUAAGCCAGUCGGAGGUUGGCCUGUGUUUAUUUAUAUUCACGGCGGUUGGUUACAAUAUGGAGAUCCAAACAACGCGUAUUUCAAUGCCGUUGAGCUUUUCGAUGACGAAGAGUUCUCUCAGAAAUUUAUCCUCGUGUGUCCAGGUUAUCGCCUCAACAUAUUUGGCUUUCUUUCAGCUAAGGAAUUGCUGGAGGAAGAUCCUGAAAGUUCAAAUUUUGGGUUUUGGGAUCAGAGGUUGGCGAUCGAAUGGACUUACAAGAACAUCGUUCACUUUGGUGGCAAUCCUGAAAAGAUAACCUUAGGUGGCCUGAGUGCUGGUGCGUAUUCAACCUUUUUCCAACUUGCUUACGAAGUUUAUCACCCAGCAGAAACGCAAAUCAUCAAGCAAAUUGUUUUAUUUUCUAACGGUGUGUAUGUGCAGCCAAAAACCGUGGAGGAAAGCCAGGAACAGUUCAACGAAAUAGUUGAGAAACUAGGGAUCGAUCCUUCGAUUUCCCCCGAGCAAAAAUUGACUCAGCUGCGAAAACUAGACGCUACAUUUAUUGAGGAUUUUAUUCCGACCUUAAAUUUUCAUACAUUUAGAGCGGUAACGGAUGACCACUUUGUGUCAUCUAGUCUCAUCAGUGACCUUGCAUCUGGUGUUUACGCGAAAAAACUAUCGGAAAAACAAGUUAGAAUUAUAUGUGGCGAUGUUGACAACGAGCCACUUAGAUAUUCUCUGCUAAAUACCCCUACGUCGGUGAGAGCGCUUGAAGUACAGGUGGAGAACUAUUAUCCGAAGAAAAUUGUUCCCACUUUAGAGAGGCUUUACGAUUAUGGUUCGCUAAAUCCCAAUGAGGAGGAUUUUUUGGAAAAACUAAGAAUUGUUUACGGGAACAUCAUUGGAGAUGGCCAAGUUUACUCUUCCGAGAGAGGAUUCAUUAACUCCUUGGUAGUUAAUGGAUUUCCUAAAGAAAAAAUAUUUCGAUAUCGCAUUUGUUUUAGAGCGAAUUUUCUCGAUAAAUUUAUGAAACCAUCGAUAAAUGUACCGCAUGCUGGAGAUUUUACAGUGUGGUUUUAUUCAUUACGAGAAGGUUUCACUGAAACUGAACGAAAUUACGUCAACCAAUGGCUGAAACCUUAUCUUGAGUUCCUUAACUUUCAAGAGAGAAUCACUGAUUGGAAUACCACUCAAAUCAAUCGAUUCAGACUUUUUCGUCGCGAUGGGACAAUUGAUUAUGUAACAGAUCCUGAUUGGGAGUGGGGUGUGAAAGUGGCAGAAGCAGUCUAUAAAUGCCAGACAUAA